AUGUUUGACGAUACUCAAGAACAACUUGAAAAAUUAGAUUCUCUUUUGAGAUCAUGUUAUAUCUCUGAGCAAGAGUACAGCACAAGAAAAAAUGAGAUUUUAGGUGUUAAAUCUGUUGCAAGCACUGCCACACCGGCCACUGCUAACAACUACAGCAAUAACAACAACAAUGUACAACAGUCAACUUCAUCAUAUUCAAACAACUAUGAUGAUCAAUACAAUUAUCAGCAAUCAAACUACCAACAACCAACCUAUCAACAACCGACCUAUCAAAGUCAAUCUUCUACCUUUAAAAAUAUCUAUUCCAUCGGUAUAGACACAGAUAUGAAUGAUGAUAGUGAUAAUAUCCCAGUUUUAAAUGAAACAUUCUCUAGUGUUUCAAUUACAGAUAAUAGUCAUCAUUAUAAUAAUAAUAAUAAUAAUACUAAUAAUAAUAACUAUAGCAAUAAUAAUAAUAGUUAUAAAAAUAACAAUAAUAAUAAUAAGAAUAAUAAUAAUAAUAAGAAUAAAAAUAAUCAAAGUAAUUCAACACCAAAACCAGUAUCUGAUCAACCCACAUUUGCAUCAGCAGUAUUUGGUAAUCCAACAAAUAAUCAACCAACAUUUGCAUCAGCAGUAUUUGGUGGUGCUAAUAGCAAUCAAACACCGAGUAAUACACCAACAUUUGCAUCGGUAGUCUUUAAUGGAGUUCCAUUACCAGCUCAGAAGCAAGUUGCUAAACCAACUCAAAAGAUUGCCACCUCAUCCAAUACCUAUAACGGUCGAGAAUAUAAAUUUGAUGCCUUCCAAACCAACACUGUUUUGCAUGUGGAUAUUUCAAAUUGGUCAAAGGAGAAGGACAACUACGGUAGACCAAACGAUCCCGCUCCAGAUCAAAUGAACAAAUGGAAGGCCGAACAACUCAAAAUGGCUGCCUCCGUCGUCAAGACCAACUCAAACAAUUUGAAACUCUCGGAUUUGAAAUACAUUGGAGGUGUCGAUAUCUCUUUUGCCAAGAACAACAAGAUUGAUGCGUGUGCAUCGAUCGUUGUCAUUGAGUAUCCAUCACUCAAGGUCGUCUAUGAAUCAUACAAGAUGGUAAAGCUAACACAACCGUAUAUCGCCGGUUAUCUUGCAUUCCGUGAGAUUCCACAUCUGCUUCCACUCUGGAACGACCUGAAGAGAAACGCUCCCUAUCUCGUCCCACAGGUGAUGGUGCUCGAUGGCAAUGGAAUCAAUCACAUGAGAGGUCUGGGAGCAGCCUGUCAUUUGGGUGUGAUGAUCGAUUGUCCAACGAUUGGUGUGGCCAAGCAACUCCUGGUUUGCCACGGUGUGACAAAUGAACUCAUUGAAGAUCAAUUCAAUCAACGUGGAAACAGUGCAACCAUUGAGAUGCGUAAUAGCAUGAACAACGAACUACUGGGAUACGCCAUGAAGAAUGUUGACUCUGAAAACAUCUAUAUCUCACCAGGACACAAGAUGGACGCGAAAUUAGCAUUGGAAAUCGCGAAAGCGACACUCAACAACCGUCCGAUUCCAGAACCAACCUUCCAAGCUGACAAGUUAUCAAGACAAUUCUUGAAACAAUAUUAUUCAAAGUUUAGAUAG